AUGGCGCGCCCCAUGGGCCCGGUUCGUCUCAAAAAGACGAGCCCGGCGACUCUCGCCGUUGGCGCGGCCCUCUGCAUCUUCAUUUUGUACUUUUUAAUAGGCUCGUCUACUCCGGAUUUCUCUGCUUCUCGAAAGGCCACGGCCGCGGUGCAUCAUCUCUCGCCGCCAACCUCUCCCUUCCGCAAGCCGACUGGCAGUGGCAAGCCCAAGCCGCCGCCUGUGACACGUUACAACCUCAACAAUGUCACUAUAACGCCCGACCCGCUCGAAAGCCGGGAGAACAUCCUCCUCCUGACCCCUAUGGCUCGCUUCUACCCGGAGUACUGGGACAACCUCCUCCAGCUCUCGUAUCCCCACGAGUUGAUCACGCUAGGCUUUAUUCUUCCCAAGACGAAGGAGGGCAACACCGCGACGACGGAAUUGCAGAAGAGGAUUACCAAGACCCAGAAAUACGGGCCCGAGAAGGACAGGUUCAAGAGCAUCAUCAUCCUGCGGGAAGACUUUGAGCCGCCGCUUUCGUCGCAGGACGAGAGCGAGCGCCACAAGAUGCACAACCAGAAGAUCCGGCGGGCGGCCAUGGCCAAGUCCCGCAAUUCCCUUCUCUUCUCCACCCUGGGCCCUUCGACCUCGUGGGUCUUCUGGCUGGAUGCCGAUGUCGUCGAGACCCCUCCGAGCAUCAUCCAGGACCUGGCUCGCCACGACCAGCCCGUUGUAGCGCCCAAUUGCUUCCAACGAUACUGGAACGCCGAGAAGAAGGAGAUGGACGAGCGCCCAUACGACUUCAACAACUGGCAGGAUAGCCCCAACGCGCAGGAGUUGGCGAAGCAGAUGGGACCUGAUGAUAUCCUCCUGGAGGGAUAUGCUGAGAUGGCGACCUUCCGGUCCUUGAUGGCCUACAUGCACAAGGACGACGGGCUCCUCCAUGAAGAGGUGCCGUUGGACGGGGUAGGCGGUGCAGCACUGUUAGUGAAAGCUGACGUCCACCGAGAUGGCGCUAUGUUUCCUGCUUUCCCAUUCUACCACCUGAUCGAGACCGAGGGCUUUGCGAAGAUGGCCAAGAGGCUAGGUUGGCAACCAAUCGGCUUGCCCAACUACAAGGUUUACCAUUAUAAUGAGUGA